UGACUGGAGCUGAGCGCCGGGCUUUCCUCCCGCCCUCGCUGGAAGAUGGCGCUGUCCAGGGUGUGCUGGGUUCGGGCUGCGCUGUGGAGUUCGGCCGUCGCCCCUGGACCUUUUGUCGCCUGGAGGCUGCAGCUUGGUCGCUCUGGCCCUGCUUGGGGAGCCCCUGGGUCUUCAAAGCUUCACCUUUCUCCAAAGGCAGACGUGAAGAGCUUGAUUUCUUAUGUGAUGACCAAGACAAGAGCAAUUAAUGGGACAUACCAUCGUUUCUUGGGUCGUCAUUUCCCCCGCUUCUAUGCCCUGUACACAGUCUUCAUGAAAGGAAUACAGAUGUUAUGGGCUGAUGCCAAAAAGGCUAGAAGAAUAAAGACAAAUAUGUGGAAGCACAAUAUAAAGUUUCACCAACUUUCUUACCGGGAGAUGGAGCAUUUGAGACAGUUCCGUCGAGACAUUACCAAGUGUCUUUUCAUAGGUAUCGUUUCCAUUCCACCCUUUGCCAACUACUUGGUCUUCCUGCUCAUGUACCUGUUUCCUAGGCAACUGCUUGUUAAGCAUUUCUGGACUCCAAAACAACAAAUUGAUUUCUUAGACAUUUAUCAUGCUCUCCGGAAGCAGUCCCACUCAGAAAUCAUGAGCUAUUUAGAAAGGGUCAUCCCUUUUGUUUCUGAGGAAAAGUUUCGGGGGCAUCUGACAAACCUGUGUACCAAGAUGCAGAGUGGUACCCACCCAGCAGUGCAAGACAUCCUGGCUCUCAGAGAGUGCUUCUCUCACCACCCUCUAUGCUUGAACCAACUCCAGGCCUUGCAAAUGAAAGCCUUGAGCCGGGCCAUGCUUCUCACACCGUACCUGCCUUCUCCCCUGUUGAGAUGGCGUUUGAAGACUCACACCACUGUGAUUCACCAGCUGGACAGGGCACUGGCAAAGCUUGGGAUUGGCCAGCUGACUGCUCAGGAAGUGAAGUCGGCUUGCUAUCUUCGUGGCCUGAAUUCUACCCAUAUUGCUGAAGACAGGUGUCGCACUUGGCUGGGAGAGUGGCUGCAGAUUUCCUGCAGCAUAAGAGAACCUGAGCUGUCCCUCUUGCUGCACAACGUGGUCCUGCUUUCCACCAACUAUCUUGUGACAAGGCGCUGAGUGAACCCUGGAGAGAAUGGCGUUGUCCUACAAUCAUAGUAUGGAAGCAUGGGACCAACAGCACUUGUCAGGAGUCUGUGUACACAAUCAAUGUGGGAGGUGGAGGAGUGGGUGCCAUGGACUUGAUAGCACGCUACCCAUGUGGAAACUAUAAACAUUCCCCUCAUGGCUUGAACUAAAACCAAUGCUCUUUCCAAGGAUAACCCAUCUGUGGUGCCAUCCCCUCAUGCUAAGCUGGAACUGGCAGCCACCUCUGUACCAGGCCCUUACUGUGAUGUCAUAUCUAAUUUUUGUCCAAGUGGGAAUCAUUUGGCCUAAAAUUGACUGCCAUGGCUUUUGGUUUUUAAUUUUUAAUAUAUUUUUCCAAGACGGGGUCUCAUUGUGUUGCCAGGCUGGCCUCAAAUCCCCGAGCUCAAGGGAUCCUCCCACCUCAGGCUCCCAAGUGCUGGGACUACAGGUCUCUGCCACACUGACCUCACUGCCAUGCUCUUUACAGUAUAUGAGGUCUUUUGUUAUUUUGUGGUGGUUUUUUGGAGGCAAGAUGUCUCAUGUAGCCCAGGCUGGUCUUGAACUCCCUUUGUAGUUGAGGAUGACCUUGAACUCUUGGUCUUCCUUCCACCUCCCAUGUGCUGCAAUUACAAAUGAGGCACACACCCACCUCUGUUGUGGGUUUUUUGUUUUAUAGUACUAGGGACUGAGCUAGGGCCUUGCCUGUGCUGGGCAACUGCCAUACUAUGGAGGUCUCUCUUUUUAGAGAAUUUUUGGAGUACUGCUACUUAGACUGGAAAGUUAACAUAUGUGCCUGGACUUUAGUGUCCCUUCCAGUCUUUUUUUCUCCCCUGGCUGUUUUGAGACAGACUCUCACUCUGUAUCUCGGGCUGGCCUUAAAUUCCUGGCAAUCCUGGCUGGCAAACCUCCUGGGUGCUGGGAUUAUAGAUAAGAGCCACCAUGCCUGGCCCAUCUUUUUUGAUGACCAAAAGUAAUUUUUUGCCCUCUUUACCAGCGUAGACCAACUACUUCUUUUCCCCCUUAAUAUUCAUUGAAUACUUUUUGGGGGGGGGCAUCUUUUUGAGACAGGGUCUUCCUGUAGCCCCAGCUGACCUGGAACUCGCUGUGUAGACCAGGCUGGCCUUGAACUCAGAGAGAUCCACCGGAGUGCUGGGAUUAAAGGCGUGCACCACUAUGCCCAGCUAUGUUUUUUAUUUUUUUUUAAAGAAAUAAUUUAUGGGAACAUUCUGAAGGAAAAGGUUAAAAGGAAUGACUGCUUGGCCCCUUCUCCCAAUUUAUCCUUCACGGUCUAAUUUUCAGGCUAUUACACAGCCCCUAAGGAUCUUAGAUUCUUUGCUACCUCCACUGUGUCGCUGCAAUCCGUCUGUAACUGACAGUGGCUGCCUCUCUGGGCCAUGGGUCAAAAUGCUUAAGGUACUAAUUACUGCCGGCUCUGGGAGACCAGGAAGAGAUCUGCAUCAAGAUAGUAAGUUGGGUUUAGCUGUUGUAUGUACUCCCGUGACCUGUAGUUCUGUAAUAACUUAUUGUAAAUGCAUGAAGCACUGUGUUUAAACCCAAGUAAAGACUGCCUGAAACCA